UGCUGCCGAGGACGUAACGUGACGCCGAACGUUGAACGCGCACGGCUGGGACCGCCUGCGGCUCUUCCGUCGUCCAUUUUGACCGCUUUCGCAUUUUAUACCGAUCAAUCGAGAAUCAUCAGUGUGAUGGGAGAGCUGUUUUUUAUGCGGCGAAUUCAUCAUUGCGCCGAUCGACCGUUUGCGUGACUUUUUAAGUUCGAUUUCUUUUAACGCUUCAGUUGAAAGAUUAUUCUUCCAUUACCGCUUUCUGAGAGUAACGUAAAGAUUCUUGGAUUCAUCCGCGCAAAUAUCCGAUCGCGAAAAAAAUUUUCAUUUUAUAGUCCAAUCGUCUCGCCGCUAAAGGUGCGAGAUCGGGAAGCGAAAGGAAGAAGGAGGAUCGAACGAAAGAUCGAGGAAAAUCUUGAAGCAUGUUUGAUACGGAGAGAUUUAUCGAGGAAAUAGAGAGGCGGCCGGCGAUCUAUGAUGUGAAUCGCGGCGAGUACAACGACCGUAAUGCCAAGAUGACUGCGUGGGACGAGGUCUGCCAGGUGAUGGUACCGAAUUGGGCGCGCUUGACGGACGAGGAGAGAAACGUGGAAGAGAAAAAUUUGCGCGGAAAAUGGAGGAAUAUACGAGAUUACUUUAUGAAAGAACUCAAACUUCAAAAAUCGCAAAAGUCUGGACCUGCCGGACGGAAACGGAAGAAAUACAUGUAUUUCGAUCGAUUGCUGUUUCUCAUGCCGACGGUGGAAAACAAAAGUUCUGUGAUGAUCUCUUGCAAAUCGGAAGAGAGCGAGGGCGAGAUGGACAACCCCGUGAUCGAGGAAUACGAUCCUCUUUCUCAAUCAGGCGCUUCCGUAACAGGCAGUAGAGAGUAUCUUCAAGCAGGCACUCCAUCCUACAAGGUGUGUCCGCGUUAUUCGAAACAGCUCUGCGAGACGUCCUUUACACCUUUCGAUAAUGAGAUACACGACAUCCUCUCCUCGCAUAGCAGCCAACGAGUUACUCUCGAUGAGGAUGAUUACGACAAAAUGUUUCUCCUAUCGUUGUUGCCGAUUAUUAGACAGGUACCAGAGGAAAAGAAACUAGAUGUCAGAAUACAAAUGCAACAAGUCCUGGCUAUGGCACUCCGCUCGUCUGAUAAUAAGUAAGUCAUCUGGCAUGUUUCCUUCGGGAGAGGGAUAAAGGAGAGGGAAAGAACACAUGACGAGCGGGAAAAGAUUUUACGAUAAUUUGAUUAUAUUAUUUAUCUCCAUCCCGUUUUAAUAUUUUAUAUCUUAAUUACGUUUUUUUAUGGAUCUUUUUAUGAGAAAAUGAAUUAAUAUUUAAUAUCGUCAUUCUCUCUUUUUUUUUCCUAUAAUAUAAAAUUCAAUUCUUUCUAAUAAAUGUUUAAAGAUGGUUUGAUCUUAUUGCUUGUUAUUAUAAUUAAAAAAAUAGUUUGAAAUAUUAGCAUAAGUUCUUCAAUAAUAUAAAUAUGACCUGAUAUAUAGCAUAUAUAUGUAUAUAUAGUAUAUAUGUAGCAUAUAUACGAUGCAAAAUUUUAAACUAUAUAUAAUCUACCGAAAAUACAUAUUUAAUAUUACAUUUAAAUAUUUUAGCAUAAGAUACAAGAUUAUAAAAAAAUACUCUAGAAUAUAUGACUAAUAAAUUUUAUACUAUUUAAAGUAAGCAGAAAUAUAAAUACUGUGAUAUUAAAUUCUACUUGACAAUCGAAGCAACAAAAAGUAACUGUACACGCAAUAUAGCGUAAUCUUGUCUUGACGAGAUGACUUAAUUGGAAUAUAUGAUAUUACACAACGUGCCAUUCUCCUUGUUUUGAUUUCCCGAAGUUUUGUAUUUUGUACGUAUACGUGUAUGAGCUUGAAUUAUUUUUUUGCAUGCGUAUUGUGCUAUUGUAAAAUCAGUUACCAAGAGUCGAUAUCAGUAUUCAGCUAAUUUCCUAAUUUAUCGGAUUCAUUGAUACGAGAACUUAUCCAUCUCUGCAAAUUUUGCAUAUAUCAUAUCGCACAUGGACAAAUAUCGAUUGAUAACAAACAUUAUCAUCUACAGAUAAUAUCACACAUAUAUGCAAUAAAUUUGCCAAGAUAUAUAUUCAAAUAAUAUAAUUAUAAAACUAUAAAAAAAAAGAGAAUUUUUAUUGAUUUAAAUAAAUCUGAUUAAAUGAA